GUCUUUGUAGGUCCAUAGGAACAGAAUGAGAAGUGAUUGAAGUUUAUGAUUACUUUACUUUGUAGUUCUGCUUAUGGGUUCACAGGAACAGAAUGGGUGGGACCAGAAGUUGAACAUUACUUUCCUUCUUGGUUCUGUUUAGUGGUCCACAGAAACAGAAUGGGAGGAACCGGAAGUUUAAGAUUUCUUCAUUUAGUAGUUCUGUUUAGAGGUCCACAGAAACAGAAUGGGAGGAGCCGGAUGUUAGAGAUUACUUCACUUCCGGGUGACGUUCUGCGCCGAGCAGCUUGUUGUCCAGAAAGCGUGGAGAUCGAUCCUAGGAUCUGCAGAAUAGAGAUUGAUCCACGAGUACAGGAGCCCUGAUUCCUGUUUUGUCAGCAUUCCUGCUUCAACCCUGAACCCAGUCACCAUGCCUAGGGGUCAAAAGAGUAAGAGCCGCUCCCGUGCAAAACGCCAGCAGGCACGAAGUGAGCUCCAGGGUCUCCCAGCAGUUCAUCACACUGCAGCGGAAGCAGCAUCUCCUCCUGCUGACCAGAGUGAUGGCUCCAGCUUCCCUGUUGGUUGUACUCUACAGGGGGUGAAAACCCCUGGAUCUCUUAGUGCAGAUGUGUCUUGUACAGGCUCUGGUGUAGGUGUUAGGAAUGCUGUUGUGCUUGCUGAUAAGCAAAGUUCAGAUACUACCCAGGUAGUGAGCUCCAUUCAGCAUUCACUUAAAGAUCCUAUCAUGCGGAAGGCUAGUGUGCUGAUAGAAUUCCUGCUAGACAAGUUUAAGAUGAAAGAGGCAGUUACACGGAGUGAAAUGCUGGCAGUAGUAAACAAGAAGUAUAAGGAACAGUUCCCUGAGAUCCUCCGUAGAACCUCUGCACGCCUAGAGCUAGUCUUUGGUAUUGAGUUGAAGGAAAUAGAUCCCAACACUCACACUUAUAUGCUGGUAGGCAAACUGGGUCUCUCCACUGAGGGAAGUCUGAGUAGCAACUGGGGGUUGCCCAGGACUGGUCUCCUAAUGUCCAUCCUAGGUGUGAUCUUCAUGAAGGGCAAUCGUGCCAGUGAGCAAGAGGUCUGGCAGUUUCUGAAUGGAGUGGGGGUAUAUGCUGGGAAGAAGCACUUAAUCUUUGGGGACCCUGAGGAAUUCAUAAACAAAGAUCUAGUGCAGGAAAAUUACCUGGAGUACCGCCAGGUUCCUGGCAGUGAUCCCCCAACCUUUGAGUUCCUGUGGGGUCCCAGAGCUCAUGCUGAAACCACCAAGAUGAAAGUCCUGGAAGUUUUAGCUAAGGUCAAUGGCACUGUCCCUAGUGCCUUUCCUAACCUCUACCAGUUGGCUCUUAGAGAUCAAGCAGGGGGAGCAAGAAGGAGAGAUCAAAGUAGAGCUCGCACUGUUGCCAAAACCAGGGUUCAUUCCAAGUCUCGAUCCCAUAAGUAGCUGAGUCUGUUCUAUGGUUUCCACAUUGUUUGAAGAACGGUCAGCCUCCUAAUUAGUGGAGAUUUCAUAGACUACCAGAAGCAAAAUGUAUACACUCUUGACCUUCUAUACAUUAGUAAAAUGUAGAUUUUUUUGUUACUUUGCAAAUAUCCCUUUAAUUAGGCAGUGAUUUGUGCCAUGUUUUAUGUUAGCUGCAUAAAAUUGUUAUUGUCAUUUGUCAAUUUAGUACUUAGAGUUUUGUUACUUUGCAACAAACUGGAAAACACUGCUUUCUUUUUACUGAAGUGUUAACAUUUCAUUGGAAAAGCGAUUUUCAUGGAAAUAUGAUGUCAUACAAUGGUGAAAGAAAAGUAAAGUGGCAAUUUUUUAAAUUUCAUAUAUGAUUGUAAUUUGUUAGCUGUAUACUUUUUUCCUUGUUAAUGCUAAGUGAAAUAAAGUUGUAUUUGAUGACUUUA